AUAGACGCAUAUAUUAAGCCUCCGCUCGCCGGUGUAUUUAUAUUCCUGGCGCAUCCUUUGUGUGUUUGCGGCUUCUGUGCGUCUCUUGUUAAUAAACAAAAUAAAAAAACGUGGCACGGAUCUUUUUCCUUUUCCUUUUCCCGUGAUUUUCAUGUGAUCGUUUAAACACAAGGCUGAACCGCAUAUGUGCGCGAGCGCGGUGCGGGGAUGGUGAGAGGAGACCUGCUUAUCUUCUUCAUCUUCAUCAUCGCCGCCGCUGCUGUGGAUUUGCCAGGGAUUUAUCUCUCUCUGGACGCAGGGACAGGAGCCAAGCAAUAAGCCUGAGGUGGGAAGGAGAAGGAGGAGAAAAGGAAAAAAGAAAGAAAAAAAAAAAGGAAAACAACGACAGCUUCUGCAGCAGGAUGAGGAAGUGAUCCCUCUCGUCUGCUCGUGAUGGUGAGGAUAUUUGGGGGCCCGGUCUGUGAGGGCCAGACCAACUGCUACAACAACUCCAAAGAUUAUUGUUACUCGGCCCGGAUCCGCAGCACCGUGCUACAGGGCCUGCCGUUCGGAGGAGUGCCUACCGUACUCGCUCUCGACUUCAUGUGCUUCCUGGUCCUCCUCUUCGUCUUCUCUAUUUUGAGGAAGCUGGCAUGGGAUUACGGCAGGCUGGCUCUGGUGACCGAUGCAGACAGACAGAAGAAGCGGUUCAACGGAAUGGAAGAGCGGGAAUAUGUGGCUUCAGCGUUGCAUUCAGAAACUCCGGAUCGUUACGAACGCCUCACUUCCGUCUCCAGCUCUGUGGAUUUUGAACAGCGAGACAAUGGUUUCUGCUCUUGGCUGACGGCCAUCUUUCGAAUAAAGGAUGAGGAGAUCCGUGAGAAGUGUGGUGAGGAUGCCGUGCACUACCUCUCCUUCCAGCGGCACAUCAUCGGCCUGCUGGUGGUGGUGGGCGUGCUGUCAGUGGGCAUCGUCCUGCCUGUUAACUUCUCCGGAGACCUGCUGGAAAACAACGCCUACAGCUUUGGCCGCACCACCAUCGCAAACCUGAAUUCGAGGAACAACCUGCUGUGGCUGCACACGUCUUUCGCCUUCCUGUAUCUGCUCCUCACCGUCUACAGCAUGAGACGCCACACCUCGAAGAUGCACUACAAGGAGGACGACCUGGUGAAACGCACUUUAUUUAUCAACGGCAUCUCGAAGUACGCAGAGGAGAUCCAGAUCAAACAGCACUUUGAGCAAGCCUACGAGAACUGUGUGGUGCUGGAAGCACGUAUCUGCUACAACGUGGCCAAACUCAUGGCCCUCAACGCUGAGAGGAAGAAGACUGAGCGUAGUAAGAAGUUCUUUACAGAUCUGCAGGCAAAAGAGCACAUGCCCACUAUGAUCAACCCUAAACCCUGUGGCCACUUGUGCUGUUGUGUCAUUAAAGGAUGUGAAGAGGAGGAAGCCGUGAGCUACUACACAAAGCUGGAAGCGAAACUCAAAGAGGAGUACAGAAAGGAGAAAGAGAAGGUCAACACCAAACCCCUGGGCAUGGCUUUUGUCACCUUCCAAAAUGAGGCCAUGACUGCGAUAAUCCUGAAAGACUUUAACGCAUGUCAGUGUCAGGGCUGUAUGUGUCAUCAAGAGCCACGGUCCUCCCAGUUCAGCGAGAGUCUUCACAUCUAUAAUUGGAGUGUGACCUACGCUCCUGACCCCCAGAAUGUGCGCUGGGAGCAUUUGUCUCUGGGAGGCGUUUCGUGGUGGAUCCGAUGCUUAAUCAUUAACUGCAUCCUCUUCCUACUGCUCUUCUUCCUCACAACCCCAGCCAUCAUCAUUUCCACCAUGGAUAAGUUUAAUGUUACCAAACCAGUGGAGUAUCUCAAUAAUCCCAUCAUCACCCAGUUUUUCCCCACUCUCCUUCUGUGGGCUUUCUCUGCUCUCCUGCCCACGAUCGUCUACUACUCGGGUUUCUUCGAGGCCCACUGGACUCGGUCGGGUGAAAACCGGACCACCAUGCACAAAUGCUACACGUUUCUCAUCUUCAUGGUCCUUCUGCUGCCAUCUUUGGGCCUCAGCAGUCUGGAUGUGUUUUUCCGCUGGCUUUUUGACACGCAGUUCCUAGCUGUUGCUGCUGUCCGGUUUGAGUGCGUCUUCCUCCCUGAUAACGGAGCUUUUUUCGUGAACUAUGUAAUAGCGUCUGCGUUCAUCGGGAACGCAAUGGAUCUCCUUCGCAUUCCGGGUCUUCUGAUGUACAUGAUCCGUUUGUGCCUGGCUCGAUCUGCUGCUGAGAGACGAAACGUCAAACGGCACCAGGCCUAUGAGUUUCAGUUCGGUGCAGCAUACGCAUGGAUGAUGUGCGUCUUCACCGUCGUCAUGACGUACAGCAUCACUUGCCCAAUCAUCGUGCCCUUCGGCCUGAUGUACAUGUUGUUAAAGCAUUUAGUGGAUCGUUACAAUAUGUAUUACGCUUACCUGCCCUCUAAACUCGACAAGAAGAUCCACUCCGGAGCCGUCAAUCAGGUGGUGGCCGCGCCCAUCCUCUGUCUCUUCUGGCUGCUGUUCUUCUCUACUGUACGCACAGGUUUUGUGACUCCAACAUCCAUGUUCACCUUCGUGGUGCUCAUCAUCACCAUCGUGGUUUGUCUCUCACACGUCUGCUUCGGCCACUUCAAGUAUCUCAGCGCUCACAACUACAAGAUUGACACUAAGGAGAGCGAGGUGGACAGUAUGGAGAACGGACGUCCGGCACGCUCGUCACCCACCAACAAAUCUCCGCAGCAGAUGUACAUCGCGCAGGUCCUGCAGGAUCCAAACUCCGAUGAGCCGGGAGGAGGCAGCGGUGAGGACGACGGCCAGGGAUCCUCGCAGGACGAGGAGAUGAUCAACGGAGGCAACAGCCUGAACGAGGCCGACUUCCAAUCUGGGGAAGACAGCCUCAUCGCCAACGAGGUCCGCCACUAAUACCAGCACCCAUGGAGAGAGCGAGAGAGAGGGGGGGAGAGAGAGGCGUGAAAGAUGGCAUGUGCUGGGGACUGAAGGUGGACCAGAGAUCCAUGCUUACGCUUUCCACAUGUUUGUGCAAGCUGUGUGUCAUCUCCUUCAUGCGCAGAGCUAAGUGUGUAGGUUCCUGAGGAGUUUGUCGCUUCGACGUUCACAGCUCCUCCUGCCAAAUACAUCAAGCACAAACUGCAAAUGCUGAGCAUAUAUUCACUCACACCACAUACACACAUUAUUCCUGAUGUCUGUUUUGGACCACACGCAAGUAGACACUCGCAAUUUGUGUUGCACCAAAACCGGUCGUACAAAAAUCAGUAAAUUGUGUGUGAUCUAAAAAUGUGUUUCCUCCAUCAAAGGAUUUUUUUUUUUUUUUUUUUGCUUUUUAUUUAUUCAGUUCAAAUUCUCCCUGAGGAGAAAAAAAAAGCCAAAUGGAAAUCCAGCCAAAAUAAAAAUAGCCACAGAUCUACUACAGCAAUUCGUAAGUUAUCGACAUUCACGAAGGAUUUCCAAACGCAACCGCAAGUCUUGAAAAAACACUCGGAAAAUCCAUUUCUGAAAGAGGAAAAAAAAAAAAAAGUCUGUGGAAUUUUUACUGCAGUAACUCGACACUCUCUAGGAUUUGAUCUCGUCGUCACGAAGCUCAACAUUAAAAUUACCGCUAGUUUAUAGAAUUAGUUGUGUAUUCAGAAGUUAGGAUUGCUUGCUCCAGCUGUCUUUUUUUUUUUAACCUAAGAAAACCUGGUUUAAUAUCAUCCCUAGCACACGUGCAGUAGAGAAGAGUCACGGUUUCGGUCUCCUCACCUGAAAACUAAAACAGUCGAAAAGAUCUAAGAAUAAGAAAUUCUAUUAGCGUUUAAGGUUCUAUCUUGUGGGGAAGAUGCCAUCAAAUCUCUCACCAGGGCUGUAACAUUUUGAGUUCUUAUCUAAUGGCGUCUGAUUGAACGAACCAAUAAUAUUGAGAAGUAAAUAAAAAAACAAAAAAACAACACUUUUUUUAGGAAAUGAUUCAACAACAGGUUGUUUCCAGUUAAAAACCUCGGAAUUGAUUAUUAUUCCAAUGUCUGUUCCCGUCACACCACAGCUGGUCGCUUCUUCUGGGAGAGCUUGCUAGUGGGCUAACCUGAUGACGUCAUGCUAGCUGGGAUGCUAGGCGUUCUUCAGCCCCGGUUACACUAACCUUACCUGCCGUUCUUACCUGCCGUUAAGCUACGUGAUCAACCUUCUAACGUUUCAGAAUGUUUUACUAAACCAUGUUUUCACCUUAAUGUACAGAGUCUACCGAAGUGAUCUCUUCUGUUAAUAGACGGAUAGAAGACGGAUAACGAUCGUCCGCGGCUGCCCGUCGGGCUGCUUUCAUCCUGGAUGAUGAAUCGCUUAGAAAAAUUUAGAACGUUUUUCUGGAAGUUUGGAGUCAGUUUAUAAUGCUGAGCUCACAAUGUGUUUUUUUUUUUUUUUUUUUUUUUUUUUAAAAUCUUUCACAAGAUUAGCAUGUUUGUGAUCUCACAUUUUUGGAAUUGAAGCCAAAAUAUGUGAACGUUCCUACAGUAGGG